UACAAUUAGCUGGUAACAGUUGUAACACAAGUGUGUGUUUAGCUGGUAAAAUGUGUCUACCGCUGGCUACCUGCUGCUUCUGCAUAAGCUUGGACGUUGGCUCCAAAAUCAUAUCGAUUUUAAAUCUUGUGUUCUCAACGCUGACGGUGGUGGUGUACGGGAGCGCGGCGCUGCUGCCGCACGUGGCGGAGUCGCGGCGCGUGGUGUACGCGGCGGUGGCGGCGGCCGCCAUGCUGCACCUGCUCGCUGGCGCCGCGCUCGCGUACGGCACCUGCCGGAAGAAGCCUAGCUACCUCCUCCCGUGGGCGAUCGUGGCGUGCGUGUCGGGGGCGGCGCUGACCGGCCUGGCGGUGCUGGGCGCGGCGCUGCUGGUGACGGGCGUGAGGAACACGGAGGUCAGCACCAUGGUGUCAGUGUACUUCGUGCAGGGAGUGAUGCUGUACUACCUGUCGUCGGUGGUGAGCAGCAGACGGCAGGAGAUAAUCCGGGAGGACAGCACGGAGUCCGCCGAGCGACUCAUGAGGAGAUACCACGGGGCUUACAAGUUUGCCGUAUAACAACCUGCGUGGGGACGCGUCACGCGCGAAGCACUGGAAAUUUGUACAUUUAACAUUGAUCUACUAUCGGAGCCUCACAUGCACGGUAGACCUAGGUACUUAAUUUGGUCGGGUUUAAUUUUAAUCGUAAUUUAUGUUAGUCGUAAUUCUUCGGCUAGGUUUAACAAAAAGCGACCAAUUUGAACGUGUUUCGUGGCCAGACUACAGCAACUGACGACUAACAACGCAGCUUAGUGUUGACGACAACAAUGGAUCUCAAAUCUCAAUUCUCGCGAGUCGAGAGUAAAAAGUGAAUAUUACUCUUACUAUGGCUCACGAGGGCACGACUCAUGUCGAGUGUAAUUAAAUUUUUGAAUUGUAAUUAAUUAAAUAA